GCUUAGUCACUCGCACGAGCCUUUGUUCUGCUUUCGCCCCCAUUGGCUGCGCCCCGGCCGCCGCCCGGCGGGGGUGGGGGCCGCGCCGCAUAUAGAGCCCCGGGCGGCCGGGUGGGCAGACAGACCGCGCUGCGGGCACACAGCGAGCCGAGCCGAGCCGAGCCGAGCCGAGCCGAGCCUCCUCUCCUCUCCUCUCCUCUCCUCUCGACAUGGCCUCCGCCGCGCUGGAGAUCGUGGGCAUGGGGCUCAGCAUCCUGGGCUGGGUGGGCGUGCUCGUGACCUGCGGGCUGCCCAUGUGGCAGGUGUCCGCCUUCAUCGAGGCCAACAUCGUGGUGGCGCAGAGCCUGUGGGAAGGGCUGUGGAUGACGUGCGCGGUGCAGAGCACGGGGCAGAUGCAGUGCAAGGUGUUCGACUCCAUCCUGGCGCUGAGCCCCGAGGUGCAGGCGGGCCGCGCCAUCACCGUGCUCGUGGCGCUGCUGGGGCUGGUGGCGCUCAUGGUGACCGUGAUGGGCGCGCAGUGCACCAACUGCGUGCGGCCGGGCCGCGCCAAGUCGCACAUCGCCCUGGCCGGCGGGGCCAUCUACGUCCUGUGCGGCGUCCUGGUGCUCAUCCCCAUCUGCUGGUUCGCCCACAUCACCAUCAGCGACUUCUACGACCCCACCGUGCCGCGCUUCAAGAAGCGGGAGAUGGGCGCCUCGCUCUACAUCGGCUGGGCGGCCACGGCGCUGCUGCUCGUGGGCGGCGGGCUCAUCUGCUGCGGCGCCCGCGGGCACAAGGACGAGGACGCCUUCCCCGUCAAGUACUCGGCCCCGCGGCGGCCCACGUCCAACGGCGAGUACGACAAGAAGAACUACGUGUGAGCCCCGGCGGGGCCGCAGGUACCGGGCAUCGCCGCCUCCCCCCGCCCCCGCUCCUCCUGCAGGCGCCCGGACUCGGGCUGGACUGGGAGGCUGCGCCCCGCGGGCCUCGGGACCAGGCGCUCAGGUGCCCCCGGACUGUCCCCGCCUCGCUCCGAGCCUCCCCGCCCCGAGCAGCAGCUCGACGCCGCGCUCCUCCUUGCUGCCGUCGGCCCCCGGGCGCAGGCUCCGGCUCCGGCGCCGCACGCCCCCGCCUCCGCGUUGACUCCCGGGGCUGCGACCUACCGCCCGCGGCCGGCCGGCCGGAGGGAGGCAUCGCUGCCGGCGCACAGCCGCCCGAGGAGACGCCCGGAGGGAAGUACGAGCCCGGUUUGCCUCGAGCUGCCACAUGCCUGCUUCGUGCAUCGCUUCCCCCGGCAGGGCCGCGUCCCCGCUCUGCCCUCGGCCCCGCACCUGGAGCGCAGGGGCGCGUUUGGGCUCCCGGGCACCGCGGGAACUGCCCCUCGCACCGGGGCCGGCGGCCCGUGCGCUCAUUUUCCGGUCCAGGCAACUGUCCCUCAUCUCAGAUCCUCUUCAAAGCAGACUGUUUGGGGUUGAAACGGCUCUUAUUUAUUUAUCCUCCCUAACUUGUCCACUAUUUAAGAAUGGUUUGAUUUUAUUUUUUGAGCUUGAGUAACCAAAAUAUAGAUUCUUUCUAAAACUUUCCACUAGCUUUGGUCUUCAUUCCUCCUUUAAACAAGUCCUCUCUGCCCGGUUCUGAUUGAAGACAUUUGGGGAAAGAAGAAGCAUGCUGAAGCUGGGCUUCACGAUUUUAACUGACUGUUGGAUUAAUUCUUGGUGGGGGAAAGGCAGGGAAGGGUGGCAUCAUUACAGCAUUCACGCAAUGCAAAAUGGUUACAGCUGAACAUAAAACUGCUCAGUCCUUUAUUCCUUCACUCAGGCGACCCUUCUCUCCUCCUUAAUCCGCUUCUGUUCUGUUUACUUGAACGUGAAAUCAUGUCAGGUGUCCUGCGGCAGCAGAGGAACAAAUUCACUGACUCAGGAGGUCUCUUGACACCCCGUGUACAGCACGCAACAUUUGUGUGUCCUGGGACAUGUUGUGCACACACUGUUGGAAACGGAAGGUGUUCAGAAUAUACAUGGUUGGACCUAAUGGGCUCUUUUUGUAAUCUCAUUUUAAAAGACUGAGAGAUUUGGGUGGCUUAUUUACUGAACCUGUCUGGUUCUCAAUGUCAGAUUUUAUACUUAGUCGACCACAUGCAAAAUUAUAAUGUGGGGCUGUGCAAUCACAGUUAAACUGACCAGAACUCACUUUCCUUUACAUGAAAAAGUACAGAAAGAUUUUUAAAUGCUCAAAGAUCUUAGCCCAAUGACUUAGCUGACACUUCACACAGAGUAGUCCAGGAGUUCCCAAAAUCAUGCCACCAGGACUUUAUCAUACUGUACAUAGGGGAGGGAAGAUAUCUUAAUUUUGCUCUGGACAGCUUUAACUUUGGAUUUCUUAACCUUGACAUGUUGUAAAUUCUAGUGCAUCAUGUGUUCAGCAUACACUUCUUGCUUUUAUAUGUACAGUAGACAAAGUGAAGUUGAACUAGAUUAGGGAGCAAGAGACACUUCUGCAUACAAAUCCUAAGAACAGGAAAACAAGACAUCUCUCACCUGUAACUUAUACCAACACAGGACUCCUAGUAACCACCAUGAAGCCCACAUCAUGGGAAAACUGCUUCUGCCUCCACCCCCAAAGAUAACAUAGUGUUCAGAACACAAGAGUCUCCCUUACACCAUACGGCUAAAUUUGAUUGCCAUGUCACAGACACAUAUUAAUGUGUUGCUCCCCUAACCUAUAGGCUUGUACAUCAGCUCUGAAUAUCUGCUCAUAUCACUGAGCCUUGUGACUUGACUGGAUCUGUAGUUCUGCAAUAGGGUUUCGUAAAUACUGGUUUUGCUUUGUUUAUAAGCAUCGAAAAGUGGUGGUACCAAUACAUAAGGAGACCAGAGACCUGAGGCACUUGGGUUGUGAUCCUGCUAAUGUGGCUGUGGUUAAUGUUAAGCAAAUGAUUAGUCUCAGUGAAGAAGUGGGGUUAUUGCUUUCAUGCCUAAAGUUAAAUGCAUUCAUGGCUGCAGACUACUAGUUUAUCUAAUAAUUCAGCACACCCCAUCUCGGUAGAACUCUUUCUUCUCUAAAGAGCUGUGGUUCUUAACCCAUCAAUGUCUUAAAUAAGAGCUACCAUGCUGUUAUUGUGAUCUAAUGUGUAGUUUUGGUACAAGAAUGAAAUAUUCUGUAUUUCAUCAUUGCAACUUUUAAAAAAAAUGUAACCUUACAAACUGUAAAUGAAUUUAAAUGUAUACAUUUUUAAAGAAAUCUACCAAAGUUGGCUUGUAA